CCUCUCCCAGACCCUGCAGUGGUGGGAGCUUUGUGCAUUAGAUUGUUCUUUUUAUAUAUAUCAAUUGUGUAGUCCAAGCCAUACCAUCUAGUUGAAAAUAUUUCUGACCGAUCAGAAAUAUGUCUUCAAUACAAAAAUCAAUAGAUGCAAUCGAUGAAGAAGAAGAAGAAUGUUGCUUAUUUGCAGUACAACUAGCGACGGGAUCAUUGGUUCAUAUGGUCUUCAAAGCUGCCAUAGAGCUAAACCUGAUAGAUAUCAUGGAAAGAGCUGGUCCAGGGAAGCAACUUUCUCCUCUAGAGAUUGCAGCUUUGCUCCCUAUAAAGAAUAAUCCAGAUGCCCCUGAUAUGCUUGAUCGUAUCUUACGUCUCUUGGCUAGCUAUUCCAUAUUCACUUCCUCUCAGGUCACCAAUGAUGAUGGUAGAGUUCAAAGGCUUUAUGGUUUAGGUCCUGUCUGCAAAUUUUUUGUUUCAAAUGAAGAUGGAGCUUCAAUGUCUCCUAUGCUUUUCUUGGUGCAAGACAAGGUCUUCAAGGAGAGCUGGUACCACUUGAAAGAUGCAGUUCUUGAAGGAGGAGUUCCAUUUAACAAGGCCCAUGGAAUGCAAAUGUAUGACUACUUUGGCAUUAACCCAAGGUUCAGCAAAGUUUUCAAUGAAGCAAUGUAUGUCCCCUCCAUCACACUCAUGAAGCUAAUACUUGAGGUUUAUGAGGGAUUUGAGGGUGUGAAUGUGGUGGUUGAUGUGGGUGGUGGAGUAGGGAAGAAUCUUGACUUGAUCACUUACAAGUACCCUACCAUUAAGGGCAUUAACUUUGAUUUGCCACAUGUGAUAGCUGAUGCACCACCUUAUCCUGGCCGGGUGGACCAUGUUGCAGGUGAUAUGUUCUUGAGUGUUCCAAAAGGAGACAUUAUCUUUAUGAAGACCAUACUUCAUAACUGGAGUGAUGAGCAUUGCUUGACUAUAUUGAAGAACUGCUAUGAAGCUUUACCAGAAAAUGGGAAGGUGGUUAUUUUCGAGACAAUUCUUCCAGAGAUACCUGAGACUGAUUUGAUGGCCAAAUAUACAUUUAUAUUGGAUGUGGUUAUGAUGACUCAACAUAAUGGAGGAAAGGAGAGGACUGAAAAGGAAUACAGGACCUUGGCAAAUGGUGCUGGAUUUAGUGGAGCUAAACUCAUCUUUCGUCUUCUUACCUCCUCUAUCAUGGAAUUCUAUAAAUAGAACCUAUGUAAUAUCACCUUGUGCACUCAAAGUUUGCUUGCUCUACGUGCAUGGGUUUACUGUGUUUUUCAUUAUUUGGUAAAAUGCAUGAGUUCCAACUUGCCAAGCUAUGUUAGACAAUACAAUAAGGCUAUGUUAGUCUUUUUUUUCUUUUUCUUCAUUAAUACUACGUAUGGUAUGUCUUAGAAGAGGCAAAUGUACUUGAAUCCAUUAAACACAUAAAAUGAAAAUUGUAUGUUCAUGGAACAUGGUCAUUUUAAUAAAUGAAAAAAUGGGUGAAUUUAUUUCCA